AUGAAUUUCAUUAACAAAGCUAGAUCUUAAUUAGGUCUCUUCAAAGAAUUUAUCGUCAUGCCUCGUAUGGGCUGGAAGUUGAGAAAACCAAGCAGAAAAGUUACUAUUUAUGAAUAAGAAAGAAGAGCUUAGAAAUAAUUAGAAAAAGAAUACAGAGCUAAAGUUAUAAGUGAUUAUUGGAAUUCAUAAACAAUUUUAGAAAAUGAAUACAUUGAGAAAUAUACACGCGAAGAAUUAGAACGUAAGAAGAAAAGCGAUCAAAAUUUCCGUGAUUCAAUUAUUCGUAUUGCCAAAGCAACUUAAAACCAUGUUGAAUUCUUGAAAAAGAGAUCAGCUCUUGAUGAAGCUAAAGAACGCAAACACAUUUUAGAACAAGACGUUAAAGCUAUGAACAAAAAGAGAAUUUUGAAUAUUAUGCAAUAAGAAUCUAGACAUUGGAUCAAUCAAUAAAAUGUUAAUAAUAUUAAUCCUGAUUCCAUUAUGCCUGCUACUAUUUACGACGAAACUGACUACUAUCUUAAAUUACACGAAUAAGCUUUCCUUUUCGAAUAAGGUAGAUUAGAAGAAAUGGAAAAAGUCUCUCUUGAAACCGAAGAAAUAUAAUAUAAGAACUCAGUUCUCAUGCCUAUCUACCAAGAUGUUAUUUCUAUGAUUAAGCAUUUAAAGAGCACUGAAUCAUUCAAAUUAGAAAAGGAAUUCUAGGCUGCUAAAAGAAUUCUCAUUGAAGACUGCAGAAAUAUGUAAAUCGAAGAUUAACUUGAAGAAAAGAUGGCAAAACUCGAAAAGGCUUUCAAUACUCUUAGAAAAGCUUAAAAGGAGAAAUUCGAUUAGCCUGAAAAUCAAUUGGAGUUCUUACAUGAACAUUUAUUAAUUUUAUACAAUAUGUUAAGAAAAUGGGGUGAGUACACUAAUAUGUUAAAAAUACCUGCUACUGUUGUUAGAGAUAUUCUUCACGAAAGAUAAGUAAUGUUGGAAAAGAAGAAACUUAUUAGAAAGUAAAAUUUAGAAUAGGCUAAAAAUUAAGAUAGAGAUACUGAAGAAAAUGAAUAAGAUUCUGAUAUUCAAAGUAAUGACGAAAGAGAAACUUCAGACUCUGAAGAUGAAAUUGAUAUUGCUAAAUUGAUUGAAGAAGAAAAGUUAAGACAAGAAAAAAUUAAGGAAUAAUAGAGACUUUUUGAAGAAAGAAAGCUCCAAAUGGAAAAGGAAUAAGCAGAAGAAGAAUAAGCUGAACAAAAGCAAACUAUUCAAGAUGAUCUUUUAAACCCUGAAAAGGCUAUCGAAAAUUUAAUGCUUCAAUUUGAAAAAAAAGCUGAAGAAGAAUUGAACGCUGAAUUCCACAUUGAAAAAAAUAGUUUAUAUGGAAAUGAUAAAAAUGCUGUAGAUUCAAGAGAUUUCUAUAAAGGAAUUGAUUUAGAAAAUGUUUUCCCAAGAGCUUUAAUUGAUAACUCUUUCGAUUUCACCAAAUUAAGUGGUUUACCUUUCUAAAAUGUUAAGGAAGCUUUGAGAAAUGAAGAAAAAAUUGAAUUACUUAGAGGUGAAGAUCCCAAUAAUUCUCCUCGUAAGUUUGAAACUGCUCUCAUUGUUGAAGUCUUCAAGCUCAAGUCUCAAUAACUUAGAGCUGCAUCCCUUACAAGAGCUUAAUAACAAAAGUUAAAUGAUAUUGAUACUCUCCUCGAUCUAAUAGGUGAAAUUAAGGUUGAAGAACCUACCUUCUUACUCAAGAUAUGGAAGAAUUUCUGA